AUACAAAUGAAAUUUCAUUUGAAAACAACAGUAAAACAGUAUUUAAAAAAAAAUGUUAAAAAUUUCUGACUAAAAUUAAAGUCAAAUCCGGAAUCUAUUUACGAACAGCAGGUGCUUGCUGGCAAUGUCUAAAACUGUAUUUGUUACAGUUGGUACAACAGAGUUUAAUUCCUUAAUUCAAAGUAUAACGCAAGAUUCCAUUUAUAAGAUCUUGAAAUCUAAAGGUUACAACAAGCUAUUAAUACAGAUAGGACGAUGUGCCUUCGAUCCAUCUACAGAAUGUUCUGUGAGAGGAUUCACUAUAGAAUAUUACAGAUAUAAACCAUCAAUAGCUGAUGAUAUCGCUAAUGCUUCACUGGUCAUAAGUCAUGCAGGAGCAGGGAGUUGUUUGGAAAGUUUAACUGCUAAUAAACCAUUACUAGUGGUAGUUAAUAAUGAACUAAUGGACAAUCAUCAGUUAGAGUUAGCUAGACAACUGAAGAAAGAUGGCAAUAUAGAGUAUUGUGAUUGUAGUUCACUAGAAGAAACAUUGAAGACCUGUGAUUUUAGCAAAUUAAAGCCGUACACUCCAGGAAAACCACAAUUGUUUGCAGAUUUUUUAGACAACUUAAUCGGGUAUACCAAACAGUCAUGAGGGCAACGUAAUGGGGUAUAUACCAAACAGUCAUGAUGACAAUGGGGCUGAUUACCUCCAAAUACAAAAGUGGAAGAUUGAAUCACGUGGAGAAGGGCCAUUUGUAAUCACCACCAUGCUUAUGAUAUCGACAAUAAAUUAGCUGUUUAUUGGAAUUUCUUUCUUCGUUUUUUUAACUUCAUACUACCAUUACACAGAACUUGAACUAUUAGAGGGUUGUGAUACUACCAUUAUGCAGAAAUCAAUGAGGAAAUAAAAUGAAUAUAAUAACUGACAUGUAAGGCCAAGUUAAAAUUGGCCAGAAUCUCAAAACUCAGCAAUUGUAAUAUGCAUGUAAAAUUAAAGCUUUUGUUUCGUUUAAAUUUUAAAGUUUGUGAUAAGGUCAGUUUGAUGAACCAUUAAUGGUUGGUCAAUACUAUUUGGUUUGCAGUUGUAUCAGCAUAAGAAUAUCUCAUAUCCAUGGACAUUAUGAAUGUUAUAUGGCUGUACCCCCUCAGUCACAGUCUGUAGACUUCUUAUGCUUAGUUUAAAUAUUAAAGUUUGUGAUUAGAUCAA